CGCGAAUACCGGCAGUCACCCGCGUUCCGUUUGCCCGACCGCUACACACUGACCAGAUAAAAAAAUAAUAUAAAUAAUAUACAAACAUAUAAAUAAAAUAAUAAAAAUAGCACUGGUCAAUGUAUCAUACCUAUUGCGAUCGUAAUAAUAAUAACAAUAAUUUAUAAGUCGACGGUUAUUUGAUUUCGAUUUCAUUACUAUGCGAGUUACGUUACGCGUGUAUUGCUAGUUGUCCGAUAAUGAUCGUUGAUUGAAUCGCGUGUGUUCAAGUGCAGCAGUGUGUUGUGGUGUGCAAUAUACCAACGACGGUCGAUAGAAUAUAGUUUAUAAUUUUUAUUAUUAUUCUCUUACCAGGCGAAUUCAUAUUUUUAUUCGUUUAUUUUAAUGAUAUCGCGAGUUCUUCAGCGCGGACUAUGCAGGCCGGGGAUACCAGGCGUGCCAAGUCAAUGAAUAGUUAUUGAAAAACUAAACGAAAAUCAGGUCCGUGCCAGCAUGAGAAUAGCGACCUCAUGGAUCGUCAUGUCUCUACUGACCGCCAUAUUCGAAUCGUCUCAAGGCCAUGAUCAUCACAAAGCGCUUAACAAUUACAAGAUCAACAAAAAACCAUGUUCGGUGAACAGCUUGGAGGGCACGUGCAUGUUCGUGUACGAGUGCAUCAACACCGACGGCCGGCACAUCGGCAUGUGCGUGGACACGUUCAUGUUCGGCAGCUGCUGCGCGCACAACCUGACCACUGCGCAGCUGGCCAUGUUGCCCGACUCGUCGGAACCAGCGGUGCUGUUCACGCAGCCGGGCGGCAAUGGCGUGUCGCAGCGGCCGCAGCACAGGCCGCACCACAGGCCGCACCGGCCGUCGCAGGUGAUGACGCGGCCCAACGGCGGUGACGGGGACGGUGCCGCGACGUCGUCGGUGGACAAGAAGUACCACUACCAGCCCGCGUCGGCCACGCCGCAGACGCCGAACGCGCAGUCGCAGUUGGCGCACGUCAACCGCGUACCGUCCACCAACUUCAUAUCGAACAGCCGGCCCAACUUUUUGUCCAGGCCCGCGGCCCAGCCGUACACGACGACCACGACGACGACCACCACCACGACGCCGCAGCCACCGCCGAUGUUCACCUCCGGUCGGCCAACCGUCCAGGAAGUGGAUGAUAACGACAACAAAGUGGAUUCGGUCUGGUCGCAUAGACCUAGUUGGAGUUCGAGUAUGGGUAACCAUCAUACGUUCAUCACCAAGCCAAGGCCAAUCCCUCAACACCGACCACAAUAUACAAUACCAUCGUCGACAACGUUGACGAUCAUUGACACUACCACUAAUCCUACUACUACGACGACAACUACUACCCCAACUCCUACGACAACAACUACAACCACUCCUGCACCUACACCACCAUCACCCCCGACCACUACAACUACUACCACUAGUAAACCUUUAGUUAUAAGUACUACAACUAGUCCCAUGGCCAUGCCCACCACAGUUCCGGGUAAACCAGAGAAACAUACCGCCAAGCCGGGUGUAUCAGCCGAGAUGAAUCAAAAAUCAAUGCCUUGUGGUUUGGCUCCUUUGCACCCCAGGCACGAAGUCCGCAUUGUUGGUGGGAGAAACUCUGCGUUUGGUAGUUGGCCCUGGCAGGUGUCUGUACGAAGGACAUCGUUCUUUGGGUUUUCCAGUACACACCGAUGUGGAGGAGCUUUAUUAAAUGAAAACUGGAUAGCAACAGCUGGCCAUUGUGUAGAUGAUUUGCUGACAUCACAAAUUCGUAUAAGAGUCGGUGAAUACGACUUUUCAUCCGAUCAAGAGCCAUAUCCGUUUGUUGAGCGUGCAGUUGCCCGGAAAAUUGUGCACCCUAAAUACAAUUUUUUCACUUACGAGUAUGAUUUGGCCAUGGUGCGAUUAGAAGCACCAGUAAAAUACACACCACACAUAGUGCCUAUAUGUUUACCUGGCUCGGAUGACCUUCUCAUAGGCGAAAAUGCCACCGUAACUGGAUGGGGACGAUUAAGCGAAGGAGGCACUUUACCUUCUGUGUUACAAGAGGUGAGUGUACCAAUAGUUAGUAACGACAAGUGUAAAAGUAUGUUUUUGAGAGCGGGUAGACACGAAUAUAUACCAGAUAUAUUCAUGUGUGCCGGAUUUGAUGACGGUGGACGUGAUUCAUGCCAAGGCGAUUCUGGUGGUCCAUUACAAGUUAAGGGUAGAGACGGGCGUUACUUUUUGGCUGGAAUCAUAAGUUGGGGAAUUGGAUGUGCAGAGGCCAAUCUACCCGGCGUGUGUACCAGAAUUUCCAAAUUCGUACCUUGGAUUCUACAAACAGUCACAUAGUUAUAUUAUUACCAUUAUCACGGUAGGGAGUCUUUUAUGUAGACUCUCUGACUUUGACGUUAAUUAUACUUAUAUGUUUUUAAAUAUUUUUAAGUACAGAAAAUACCGAAUUGGUAGCACGUGUACGUUCAUUUUCAACGUUAAAAAAAAGUUGUAAAUUCUGUUUUUUUAUACGUUUGUAAAUAGUUUAUACAUAAUAUAUUUUUAUCAUAAUUUUGUUAGAAUAAAAUCUUGCAAUAAAUCUAUCUUCUGUAUGAAUAAAACCAUAAAAUAUAAUACAAUCAGAAAAGCAUAAUAAAAUAAUGAUUCUAAAAUCA